AUGAGCCUUCAGUUUUUCGAGAAGUACUUAAGGAUGGAUCCAGAGGACCAAGGCACAGACUCUCUAGAUCCGAAUACUGCUAAAGCCGGAUCCGUUUCUACGGUGCACGGCCAAUAUAAUCAGCUUCUUAAACUUAUUACAAUGGCGAUUGAUAUGGCUAUGCCCCCUACGCUCAUCCUUUCGGGGGAUAACGCAGAUCUAGUCCAUACCUUGAAGCUAACAGCUCCAACGGAGUGCUAUCGUGACCACAAAAACGGCAAGCAGCGGCCGACAGAUUUCGCUCCAUCAGAAAUAAACAUAACCCCAGUGCAGUACCAGCUUGCGCAGCACGACUCGGCCCAUGCAUCUAGCUGGGUACGGGACCAUGCAAUCAAGGAUUCUCUAGGGCCAUAUCUGGCCCCCAUAACAUUUACUAUAGGUCUUUGCACUGAACGAUACAUUCUUCAGGAUAGCAUGCAUCCAGCUCGACACUGCAUCCUUUUCCAUGAAAACCUUGCGAAGGAAACAACUAGUGGAAGUAGUAAAACCAGCAGGCCCACCCUUAUUACCUCUAUCUCUGAAUACUUCUUAUGA